GCCUCAAAGCUUUGAUGCCCUUUAAUUGGGAAAAAAGGCUGUCUCAAUGCUCCAGAAGGCGAGAGCGGAUCAGGAAAAGGCCUGCAAGGAAGCUGGAACUCCGACCAGGAAUUGGAAGUAGAAACCAGAGGCCAUGAACUGGGGAAGCUUUCAAGGGCUCCUCACCGGAGUGAAUAAAUAUUCCACAGCCUUUGGACGUAUUUGGCUCUCAGUGGUCUUCAUCUUCCGGCUUCUAGUCUACAUAGUGGCAGCUGAGAAGGUUUGGGGAGAUGACCAGAAGGAUUUUGACUGCAACACUAAGCAGCCAGGCUGCCCAAAUGUCUGCUACGACCAUUACUUCCCAAUCUCCCACAUCCGCCUCUGGGCCCUACAGCUCAUUCUGGUUACCUGUCCUUCCCUGCUGGUAAUCAUGCAUGUUGCCUACCUGGAAGCCAAACUGGAGAAACAUAAGAAGAAGGUUGGAACAGACUAUGCACUGCGCUAUCCUCCUGGCAAGAAGCGUGGAGGCUUGUGGUGGACCUAUUUCUUGAGCCUCAUCUUCAAGUCUGCUGUGGACAUUAUAUUCCUCUACAUCUUCUACCAUGUGUUCCCAAACUACACACUCCCCAAUGUGGUGAAAUGCCACCUUGACCCUUGUCCCAACAUUGUAGACUGCUACAUAGCUAAGCCCACGGAGAAGAACAUCUUCACCCUUUUCAUGAUCAGCGCAGCCUGCAUUUGCAUCCUCCUCAGCCUCCUUGAAGCCUUCUACCUUGUUGGGAAACGAUGUAAGGAGCACCUCCAAACCAGAAGUGAAAGCCACAGGAGGCAGGACAGUGAAGAACUCAUUAUGAAGAAAGACCCUUCCUCCCUGCCCCCCAGUAAACAUAACCCAAAUGAAAUAGGUCUGGAGGCAUUCAACAGUACCGAUUAUAAGCCUUCUCCUUUCAACUUCACAGCCUGCCCACCUCAGACAGCUCUGACCUCUAAAGCAGCACCAUCAUAAGCAACCCUUAAAUCCUAGGAAACUGGGUAAUGGAAACCUUAUGCAGAACUAAUGUUACCUACUUUUCAUAUCAGCACUUUCUUUUAGGCAGGACAUGGAUGUGAUGUAUGAGAGGGAGAGAGGGAUGGCCUAUGUCUGACACUCACCUAAUUCAGACUGUUCAGUUUUCUAAUAUUUCGUAUUGGUCAAAGAAGUCUAUAUUAAAUGGUCAUAUCCAGAUUCCCUGCUUCUUGCAACUAAUUCGAUCUAAACCACUCACUGAAUGCAUAUUGUGGAUGUGUACUUCUUUGUGUACUACUUACACAUUGCAGAUUGCGCUAUUUCUGUCCAGUCCAGUUUUCAAAAACCUAUCCAUCACCACAAUUGAUGGUGGCUGGCACAC